AUGGCUGGCGAUCCCGAGCAGCCUGAGACGGAGAUCACGCAGCCUACGCAGCCUGCCCAUGCCGCUCCUGCGCAGGAUCCCGACUACCUCGCUGCACUCAUUCCGGUGAUCUACAGUGAGUCCCGUCCACCCGACCCGCUGGAGCCUUGCAAGCUGCGGGAUGAUCCACAGCAGAAAGUGCUGAUUGGGCGGGCGAGAAAGUGUGACAUCGUGGUGAAAGAUGAACGCUGUUCACGACAGCAUCUGCAAGUCUCCCGGGACGGAGACCUAGCGCUCUUCGUUGUGAAGCAGUUGGGGGCCAAUGGCUCCUGGGUGAAUGACAACAGGCUGCACGAGGGAGAAACACGUGCCCUUUGUCACGGCGAUCAGAUCUCGUUGGUGAACCCGCCGCACUCCUCUGCAGAAGGAGCUGAAAACAAGGCCUUUGCUGUCUUCGUCUUUCGGGAAACCUCGCCGCAGGAGAUGAUGGCACCAGCUGUGAAGCGCCGCAGGAUCUGCCAGGAGGGCUUCGACCCCGGGGCCACGGUUCCAGGUGGGCCCGGUCCUUGUCAGGCCAAAGAGCCUGGGAGCAUCAACGACGAAAACCUCGUGUCAGAGGAAGACGUUCGCAGCAGAUGGGAUUUGCGGACGCUUCUGGGCAAAGGGAGCUUCAGCGAAGUGAGGUUGGGGAUUCGAGUGGCUGGCGGCCAGCGGCAAGCUGUGAAGGUGGUGAACCGCAGCGGCUUCGAGUCCUUCCAGUCCAGCCGAAGGAGCCGGCUCAACUUGGUGAGUGAAGCAAAGCUGCUGCUCAGCUUGGACCAUCCAGGCGUGGUCAAGUGCAGCGAGUGGUUCCAAACUACGACGAGCCUUUACCUGGUAAUGGAGCUGGUGGAAGGGGGUGACCUGCUCAAGAACAUCAUCAACAAUGGCGAGUUCUGUGAGGAUCACGCUCGGCGGCUCUUUCGCGAUAUCUCCGAGGCCGUUGCAUAUCUCCACAGCCGUGAUGUUGUACACAGGGAUUUGAAGCCCGACAACGUCCUCCUCACGAACGAAGACAGGUCCCGCUGCGCACCAAAGUUGGCAGACCUGGGCCUGGCCCAGCUCAACGCGAGAUCCACUGAUUCGCGGACAUUCUGUGGGACGCCGCACUACUUUGCUCCUGAGGUGAUCAGGCAAUGGCAAAGCUCGGCGUCCGCUGUUGAUGACACCCCCGGGUAUGGGAAGAAGGUCGACAUUUGGAGUCUCGGGGUGCUCCUUUAUGUCGUCUUGAGCGGCUCUCCUCCGUUUGAAGACGAGGGCCUCUACGAGCAGAUUCUGCAGGGCCGCUACGAAUUUGAUGCUGAGGAGUGGGGCAGCAUCUCCGCCGAGGCAAAGAACCUCGUGGGCUCGCUGAUGACAGUGGACUGCAAGAACAGGCUGCAAGCGCGAUCCAUCAGCAAGACAAGGCAGAAGAACAAUGAGGUUUUGAAAUGUAUGGCUGGGGUUUUGAGGGUAGGUUUUUCGGCUUAG